AUGAGAAAAAUGGAGUUACGUGAGCUUGGAAGAACAGGACUGAAGCUGAGCAGCGUUGGAUUCGGAGCUUCCCCACUCGGCAAUGUCUUCGGUACUGUUUCCGAGGAACAAGCCAUUGCUUCCGUUCGCCUCGCAUUUCAAUCUGGCAUCAACUUCUUCGACACUUCUCCCUAUUAUGGAGGGACGCUGUCGGAAAAAAUGCUGGGAAAGGCUUUAAAGGCUCUGGCUGUUCCUAGAACUGAAUACGUUGUAGCAACCAAGUGCGGUCGCUACAAGGAGGGUUUCGAUUUCAGUGCAGAGAGAGUAACCAGAAGCAUAGAAGAGAGCUUGGAGAGAUUGCAACUUGAUUAUGUUGAUAUUCUCCAAUGCCAUGACAUUGAGUUUGGGUCUUUAGACCAGAUUGUGAAUGAAACGAUUCCUGCGCUUCAGAAACUGAAGGAAGCAGGGAAAACGCGGUUCAUUGGCAUUACGGGGCUUCCUUUGGGAAUUUACAGCUACGUGCUUGAUAGGGUUCCACCUGGAACGCUAGAUGUUGUGUUGUCUUAUUGCCAUCACUGUAUCAAUGAUUCGACCUUGGAGGGUUUGAUUCCCUAUUUGAAGGCCAAAGGUGUUGGUAUCAUCAAUGCUUCUCCGUUGGCCAUGGGGCUUCUCACUGAGGCUGGCCCUCCGCAAUGGCAUCCAGCUUCGCCGGAACUCAAGUCUGCAUGUCAAGCUGCUGCCACCUAUUGUAAAGAAAAGGGAAAAAACAUUUCAAAAUUAGCAAUGCAGUACAGCUUGUUAAAUAAAGAAAUCACAUCAGUGCUUGUGGGCAUGAAAUCUGUUGAACAGGUGGAGGAAAAUGUUGCUGCCGCAAGAGAACUUGCAACUUCUGGAAUCGAUGAAGAAGCUCUGUCUGAAGUUGAAGUUAUUCUAAAGCCUAUUAAAAAUCAGUCAUGGCCUAGUGGAAUCCAGCAGAGCUGAUGUUUCUCCUUCUGCCUCUGCCCAUGAAGACCUCCUCCAUUCCUCCUGUUGAGGAUUUUCGUUACUACUAUAAUCCUAUUCAAUAAGAGAAAUUACUUUGACAGCUACUUAUAUCCAAUAUCCAAUAUCCAAAUUAUUUUUGGUUUAUCUUCUAGGGUGCGUUAAGUACAUUUCUUACCACAUGUUUAUUCAGUGUUCUCAUCUCCAGCUUCUGGAGAGUGAGGACCCGUCUCCUAAGGUGCACCAGUUUUUUAAUAUAGGCUCUCUCAUCAUGGCUUUGACAUUUAUUUGGAUAAAGCUGGAGUCUUUGGUGGAAUUUGUCUGUAAAAGUACAAUGUAAAAAAAAAUGGCAAUAAUUUGUUAUCCCAUAUGUAGGAUUUUUAUUUCCCCUUAAAUGAAUAUUUCAUAAUAUUGUUGACACAUUAUCUAAAACAUGCAACUUCACGUC